ACUUUGUUUAGUAUGAUUUUUUUUACUAAAGUUAGUAUAAAAUUAACAUACUACUUUAUAUUUUUUGUUAAUAAUCUUUUAAGAAUUUCAUAGUUUUAAUUGACAAUUAUGGAUGACGAUUUUCCAAUAUAUUGGAUUAGAAAAUCAGUGCAAAUAAAAUAUUUGGUUGAUUCAUGUUUUAUUUUAAUGGUAAGAUAACCACUUGGCAGGAAAGUGUACUUAUAGUGAAGGUCAUAUAUCCAGGCCGGCAAAAUUAUAGCCGUCUAAUCACAGAUUAAUCAUUUGAGGCCGUCCAUUAUGAGUCAACUUAAAAUUGAUAUAAAUGGUAAAAGUUCACGUAACGCAUAUUUCACAUUUGCGCCUCCAACAAGAAGAAUCUACCUAAAACUCAUCGUCUUCUCCUUCUUCUUAUCACUCCUUGCUCUGAUCAUGGCUGACUCUACCAGUUCAUCAACGUCCGAAGCAAAUGUUCACAUCAUCUACACCGAGAAGCCUACAAAUGAGGAACCUAAAGACUAUCAUCUCCGUACCCUCUCCUCCGUUCUUGGCAGUGACAAAGCUGCAAAGGACGCUCUGGUUUACAGCUACAAGGAAGCUGCCUCUGGUUUCUCAGCUAAGCUCACCCCUGCGCAAGUUGCCAAAAUCUCCAAAAAACCAGGUGUGAUUCAAGUUGUGUCGAGCCAGACCUACCAGUUGCCCAAACCUGUUGGUGAGAGAGUUGCUGAAACGUCCGAAGCAAAGGUUCACAUCAUCUACACAGAGAAGCCUACCGAUGAGGAACCUAAAGUCUAUCAUCUCCGUAGACUCUCCUCCGUUCUUGGAAGUGAAAAAGCUGCAGAGGACGCUCUAAUAUACAGCUACAAGGAAGCUGCCUCAGGUUUCUCAGCUAAGCUCACCCCUGAGCAAGUCGCCAAGAUCUCCAAACAACCAGGUGUGGUUCAAGUUGUGUCGAGCCAGACCUAACAGUUGCCCAAACCUGUUGGUGGUGGUUUCAAGUUGACCUAAAUUUACGUCUGUCUUAUUCAACUUCUGCUGAAAUAUUUCUCUUGCUUUAGAGAGAGAGUUUGUGUUGAUGUUGUUGGUUUGAAAGAACUUGUUGUCUAAUUUAAAUGAUGUCAUGCUUUUUCUUUGGGGAUUCGAGUUUUUUCAAAUAUAUUAUUUGAAGAGAAA